GGAGAGGGGCAUUUUCCGCAGCCUAUUGGUGAGACCGCAAAAGACUAGCGCACAGAGAGGAGAGACACAAACUUUCGGACAGUCAUCCAAAACGUUAAUUAUCCGUCUUUUUAAAGGCGUCUGUUGCCUUUUUAUCCAGUUUUCGCCCAGCUGCCAAACGUUACUUUGUCGCAAUUCGUUGGAAGUGAUUUACAGGGCAAUGGUGAAGAAGGAUACAUUUUGCGGAAUUUUCGCCUUUACGCACGUUUCUCCUCUCAACUUCACUUCGGAUAGAGAGCAGUGAGUUGAAUCCUCUUUGCAUCUCGAAGAGAAGUAGCCAGAGGGGCUUCAGCUGCCCUGCACCACUGGAGCCUUUCAAGAAUGUCGGGGCCAACACAUUACAACAGGCCUCCACACUUCUGACCCAACAUGGAGCUCAAGGUCUGGGUGGAUGGAGUCCAGAGGGUCGUCUGUGGGGUCACCGAGGCAACCACCUGCCAGGAAGUGGUGAUUGCUCUGGCUCAGGCCAUAGGUCGCACUGGGAGAUACACUCUUGUAGAAAAAUGGCGAGACACUGAGCGUCACCUAGCCCCUCAUGAGAGCCCUGUUGCUUCUCUCAACACAUGGGGCCAGUAUGCUGGUGACGUCCAGCUGAUCUUGCACCGCACAGGCCCUUCCCUGACCGAACGGCCCCCCUCAGAAGGACCUCCUCUCAGGGGGCCUGAACGUGGGCUGCAUCGGCAGAGCCUCCCUCCCCUUGCAAAGCUUCGGCAUCCCAAUGAGCGCUCCCUCCGCCGCCGUGAGCCGCGUCGCAAGUCUCUCACAUUCACCGGUGCACCCAGAGGUCUCAGGGAGAUACUGGGUGGAGGACGGGUUGGAGAGGCAGAAGCCAAACGUAGACUUCUUCUGGGAAACAGUGGAAAUCACCACCAUGCAGGAGCAGCCAUUGGGUCUGCAUCCCCUGGCCUGUGGGCCUGUCGCAUGGAGGAUCUGGUUAGACUGGUCAGUCUACAGAGAGAGACUCUGAAUGUCCUGGAGAAGAAGCUGGGAGCUUAUGAGGCUGAGCUCCAGGCCUGGGCCGAGGGGCGAGGAGGGCGAGGCUCAGGAUGCGGUGGGGACCCAGGUGGAGGUGGAGGGCUGUUAGACGAGAUCCUGAGGCUGGAGAAGCACCUGAGGAAGAACGAGGUGGAGAUGGAGGAGGAGGAGUUUUGGGCCACUGAGCUGCAGAUUGAGAUAGAGAGUGAGAGACAGCUGGAGGAAAGGCUGCAGGAGCUUCGUGGUCGUCUGCAAGACUGUGAGCUAGAGAUUGAAGAGAAGCUGGAAAUGGUACAGGGUAUAGAGGCAGGUCUGGAAGAAGAGCGGCUGCAAAGGGAGCGACAGGAGACCCAGUGGGUCAGUGAGGCAGAGGCUCAGGCUCAGGUCCAAAGGGUCAAAACUGAGCUGAAGGCCCAGGAGAGACAGGCUGUCCAGCUGGAGAGCAGCUGUAGAGCUGUGGACAGGUCACUAGUGCAAAGCAGCAAGAAACUACAGGACAUGCAGCAUGAGCUGGAGCAGCUGACCAAGGAGUUGAGGCAAGUUAACCUGCAGCAGUUUAUCAAGCAAACCGGCACCAAAGUCACAGUGCUGCCAGCUGAACCCACUGAGGAUGAAAGCACCAGCAACACUCAUGGUAUAGAUUUAGUUCCCCUGUCUGGCUCACUGAAGCGUCCCGUGUCCUUGCACCCUAUGUCGGGUCACCUUCGGGUCCUCCACAGCCCUCUCAGUUCUGGCCUGAACCCAGAGGGGAUCUACGUUUGAGGCUCUGCUGCACAUGUCUGCUUGGAGGGAACACAGAAGAACUCAUUUCUCUCUAGAGCCCAUUUGUAAGUGGAUAUCUUGGUACAGGAUACCUCAGUAGCACACCACUAUGCACUGUUGUCUCAGUUAACUGAAGGCAACCUUGAGUGUGAAAGCCUGCAGUGAAGGAACAUUGCUGACCUUUGAACAGAAGUCUUGAAGCUCUUGGUGUGAAUGGAAGAUGAUGUGAAGUUAUGGCGUGAAGAAAAGCACGACAGUGCCACCAUGUUUCAUGGCACACUGUCUCUAAACAUGCUAGGCCGUCAUGGACUUCCUUUAUAAACAUAUCCACUUAAUGUACUUUUACUUUCACUUUAGUACCUGCAGAAUGAUUUGUAUUGUUUUCUCACUUGCAUCAUGAUUCAAAACUAUGGCUCUUUGAACAGUAUCCUUGGGAAUCUGGUUUGUGAAUCUAUACAUUUCAUCCAUGAAAACAUUUAUAAUUCUGCCGUGAAUACACUUUACCAAGCAUAAUGACUGGUUCUUAUGUAAGCAAUGAAGGAUCCACUUGUGUCUAUAAUAAAACUAUAACUAUAGAGUCUAUCAUUUUGUAAAUCAGAAUCUAUUCUCAUAGCUCUGACUUAUGUUAAAACUAUGCACAAAUGGUUGAUAGUUUUGUUACUGAAGAAUGUUACUGUCUGUACGUACCAAAAUGGCAUAUUGUAAAUGUGUUUUCUUACUUUUUAGCAUUAUUUAGUGAAUUAUUAUGUUUUAUUACAAAGUGGUGCAUUCACAGAUACAGAAAUGCAGUGUCCUCAUUCCGGCAGUAGUAUCUGCAAAAUGAAAGUGUUAGUUUUACACAUAAACUGUUUUUUGGGUUUUUUUGUGUGAAGAUGACAUCCUAUAUUUUUUGCCAAAUUGAUUGUGCUUGUUUUGCUCUUAGGAUCUGUGGCCAAAGAUUAGCAGGUCUUAUUGCAUGAUUGUGCUGUGAAUAUAGCCAUAUCUGGAUGUGCAGAGCACCCACAGUACAGUAAAUCAGUUUUUAGUAGAAUCUAAAAAUGAUGGCAUGUAAUAUUACAAUGGAUUGCUACAGUUACUGUGAGUAUGAGUGAAUGUGAGUAAAUCAGUGAUUAAAGGGAUGUGUGUCUGUGUCUGUGUCUGUGUCUGUGUCUGUGUCUGUGUCUGUUCAGAGUCAUAGAAAGCCAAGGUGUGAAUCCCUUUUUAGAUUGUAGUUCAGCUGCUAACCACAGCAAAGUGCCUUUAUAUUCGUUCAGCAGUUGGUGUAUUUAAAUAAUGUACAGUAAAGCUUUAGUAGAGACAUUGAAACAAUGAUCUUAGUCAGUUUAGAUCAUAUGUUAUAAGCUGUGUUAGUGCCACAUUGCUGCACAGAGAGAAAUGGCAAUAGGAUGGCAACAAAGAGGAUGCUUGUUUUUUAUGUCAGUACUUUGUAGAAAUGGAAAGAACAUUAUUGACAGUGCUUUCCACUUUGCUACUGUAUUAUUGUCACCAUAAUACUGUGUGCUGUAAAAUGCAUUGUCAUUUAAUCUGAUUGGUCUCCUGUCAUGCACACAUACUGUAUACUGUAGUUGCCAGUUUAGAUCAGUACUGUUGUCCAGGAAUAAAUAGAUGGUUGGUGUUAUACAAAAGGGAGGUCCACCUUGUCACAGUUGCUAUGUACAAAACACACAAACACAUUAUCACUACAGUGUGUCUCUCUGCUUUUUAGUUUAAGGAGAGUUUUUAAAUUCGACAGUUUAAACUAGAUCAUGAAAGUUUAAUGGUCUACAAAUUAUGGUGGAUUUUCCCUACCACCUUGGGACGAGAUGUAGCUAUGAUCACUGUUUACAACUGUAUAUGUUCUAGAGAACUGUAAGAUGUCAACUGUACAUACCUGUUUCUAUUUUUUCUUGCCUUAAUAUACUGCAAAGUGUUGACAGAUGUAUGGCUGUAACUGGCUGCUGAUAUGACAUGGAUUGCAUGAUUCAA